AUUUUGUUUCUGGAUAAAGAAUGCAGACGAUAAAGUGCGUAGUUGUUGGAGAUGGCGCUGUGGGAAAAACUUGUCUUCUCAUCAGCUAUACCACCAAUGCCUUUCCAGAAGAGUACAUCCCUACGGUGUUUGACAACUACAGUGCCCAAAUGACUGUUGAUGGCCGGACAGUUAGCCUGAAUCUCUGGGACACUGCAGGCCAGGAGGAAUAUGACCGCCUGCGCACGCUCUCUUAUCCUCAAACCAAUGUAUUCGUCAUCUGUUUCUCCAUCGGUAGCCCCUCUUCCUAUGCAAAUGUGAGGCACAAAUGGCACCCUGAAGUUUCUCACCACUGUCCAAAUGUUCCCAUUCUUUUAGUGGGGACGAAGAGAGACUUGAGAAAUGACAUGGAAACAGUUAAAAAGUUGAAAGAGCAAAGCUUAGCUCCCACUACCCCCCAGCAGGGGACUUCGCUGGCUAAACAAAUUGGAGCAGUCAAAUACUUGGAGUGCUCAGCGUUGAAUCAGGAGGGUGUUCGGGAGGUGUUUGCUGAAGCUGUGCGUGCAGUUCUGUAUCCUGUGACAAAGAAAAACACAAGAAAAUGUAUCUUGUUGUAGUUACCUUGGGUGAUGGAUGUUCAAAGUUGAAUAUUGACUGAAUCUUGGAGGGCUCUUUAGUGAGUUAAAUUUAAGAUUUGCAUCUUGCACUAACAGCGCUAAGCAGAAAUGGUUUAUGCCACGAAUAUUCUUGCAGUCUUACUGCUUCAGGGAAACUGAAACAGAACAGUUUUUUUUCCAACUGAGAGGUCAAAUAUCUACUUUAUUUCUAAAGUUCCAGUCUCCAGCUUCUCCAGGGAUCACUUUGCUUCUGUCUUUAUUUAGUGGAGGAACAUAAGAGACUUCUUUGAAGCCAGGCUUCUUUACUAGAUAGCCAUCAGUUACUAGAUUUGAUGAAAAGCACAAAUGCUGAUAACUUUGCUUUAAGCCUAGCUGCUGCUUUUCCCAUCUCUUAUUUACUGAUUGAAUUUGUUCUGCAAACAGAAAUCUGUCUGUCCAUUUAUUUUAAUUUGUCAAUUUAAAGCUUGAAAACAAUUUGUUUACAUGCAAAAAUGCCUGAAAUAUUGUUGAGAUUCACCUUGUAGUG